UUAGCAAUAUGUUUGAUUGUGUUCUGGUAACCUUGCUCUGCUGGACAUAAUGUUGUAGGCAAUCCCAAUGGUUAAACUUCGGAAAUAUUGAUUUCCAUAAAUUUAUAGUAAAAUAGGGUACAGAGGAUAGCUUAGAAAACCACGGAAUUCGACUACCCACAGUUUUGCAUUGGACAAAAAAACAAAAAAUUUUGAAUGUAGUAGGACAGACACAACCCCCUUGCACGCUUUUUUUUUAAGACACUUUUUUUACCAACGGAUGAUUUGUAAUCCUUACUACAACUGUUCUGUAAUUCGGGAUAAUUAAGUAUACUUGCCUAUAUUUAUUUUUGUAUCACUGUAUGAAAGAUAGCGACACUGCGUUUGUGAUAAGAUUUCCGUGUCAAACUUUAUUAGUACGAAAAUGCCUCCCAAGGACGUAUCAACAUUGAGUCGUGCCGCAAUAAAGCUUUUUCUGAAUUCUUUCGACACAGUUUUGUGCGAUUGUGAUGGAGUGGUAUGGAAUCUGUUGAAUCCGAUUGUUGGAGUAAAAGAGACAUUGCAAACACUCAGAGAGUGCGGAAAAAAGGUUCAUUUUGUGACCAACAACAGUGCACUGGGAACCAAAGGUAUCCACGAUUCGUUACUCGAAUACGAUAGGCAACUGCAGCCAACCGAUGUAAUCACGCCCGCGCAAACGAUUAUAAAGUACCUCAAAGAGUUCAACUUCAACAAGGAAAUUUACAUUCUUGGAACUUCGUCCAUGAAAGAAGAUUUUCAAGAUGCCGGAUUCAAAUUGGCGAAAACCAAGCAGCAAACGGCGGAUUCAAUGGAGGUCCUUCAGGAGUUUCUGGUUGACGACGAAAGCGUGGGGGCGGUCGUUUGUGACUACGACAUUCACCUGUCAAAUUUGAAAAUGAUCAGAUGCGCCGUGUUUCUACGCAGGCCAGACGUUCUAUUUAUUCUAGGAGCGACCGAUAAAAAAUUGUUCGUGGGAAACAAAUUAGCGUUACCAGGUCCACACUUUUACCAAGCUGCGCUGGCGGAAGUGACGGGUAGGACCCCCAUGGCCUUCGGAAAGCCAUCGCCAAACUUGCACAAUUACAUCACCAGAGCUCUCAAUAUAAAGGAUCCCUCUAGGGUACUAUUUGUAGGAGAUUCAAUUGCUUCCGAUAUAAGAUUUGGGUCAGCUUGUGGGUUCCAAACCUUAUUGGUUUUUAGUGGACUGGCCAAGCUGUCCGAUUUGAAGAAGAUUAAAAACGAACAAGAUACUCCAAAUUACUACUUGGACAGUUUUGGUGAUCUGUGUGAGAUAAUCAAAAGUAGACUGGAAAUGUAAUUCAAGGGUAAUCUGAAUCUUACGGUUUGUUUAUUUUAAAAGCGAAAUAAAGAAACAAACUAACAAUUUAAAA